AGGAAGAGAACCUCAAAGAUAGCGAUACUGGUACUAGCUAGUAUGCGUACUAGUACGGCUAACAGCAAAACUCCACUCCACCCCUGGGAUCCACCCUCACCCAGACCGUAGUCCACUCCAACCCAUGGUGGCCCCUUCGUCAUUAAAAACACAUUCGAAGCAAUACUCGAAGCAAGAAGGAUGCCGUUCCUAAGCGUUUGUCGGACCAUUGCUGGCUCUACACCUCUUCUAUGGUGCGUCUCCGCGGCCUUGGUUGCCGCCUUCGCGAUCCAUAGCGCAAUUGCAGCCCCACUGGAUGCUUAUGAGGACGGGUUGAACCUACCCGAUGCUCGGAUGUUGGGCUACACACCCGAUGAGCUUAACCAAUGGUAUAAUAGCAUUGGCAUUGAAGGAUGCAAGAUCUACAUUCAGAGCGCGCACUGGGAUUUCAUGCCCAUUAUGGUCAUCUACCCAGUAUUUCUAGGAUCCAUGAUUCUGGUGCUCGGCCAAGAAGCUGGACUCUCGGAGAAUCUAGUUUACGUUCCACUUUCCAGCGCUAUCUUUGACAUUAUCGAAACUUACCUCCAAAGAGAAGGUUGUGUGAUUUUUCCAGAAAGGCUGCCAGAUCAAACAAUCCGCAUUGCCAGCCUGGCUUGUCAAACCAAAUGGCUUUUUCUUAUUACCUCCAUUUUGACUGUUGUGGGUCUGUUUCUUAAAGGGAAAUUGUCCACAACAGCAGCUAGCAAUGCAGAGCAUAAGAGGGACUAGCAUGCGAUGCCGCUGAAGAGCUACGCGAGGGGAAGAAGACAUCUAUGAAGACAGGUGUCUGCGGUACCAGACAGUAAUAGUAAUCCUUCGCGGUUUGCCUUUUCAACCA